AUGGCCAAGCUCUUGAUGAAAAUUGACCUGUCAGACGACCGACAGCACCCACCUGCAAGAGCCGGCCGAAGCCAGACGCUCAAGCAGGGCGAGAUCAUUGCCAUCCACAGCAAGCUCACGGCGCAGAAUGGCGAGCUUCUGUGUUGUGACGUGAAGCGUAAGAAGAAGCCACCAAGCUGCGCUGUCUACACCACUCAAGGUGCUAGUGAAACAGCUCAAGCAGUCUUGAACACCAACGAUCUGGUCCUCGGCAUGGCCAUCUCUUACGCCGUCCCCAAAGCCAUACCACAAUCGAAACAGCAUAUAAAGAGCCCUAUAGACAGUUUCAAAGCACAACUGCCCGACAAUUCUCGCCCACUUCUCUCCUUCUUACCGCCUCAAACGUGUUUCCUGUUCAGCUGUCCGUUCUUGAUCAGAGCAAUCGUCCAGCCAGCAGCCUCGACGCGCGCCUCCUCGGAGAAUCUUACCAAACCGACGCAUGAAGCCACUGUGUUAAAUUGCUACGAAUCUUUCGAUUCCGCAACCGGACAUGUACCAACAGUUCUUUUGUCUCCUCCAUCCGAACCCUUCCACCAGCAGGCUCAGCCACGUGAGCGACAUUGCACCGGGGCUGGUGUCGAGGUCCGAGCAGAGGGUGGACCAAUCAAACUGCCAGCUGCUCCCUUCCACCGUGCACAAAGGCCGCGCCUGUUGGCCAUCAUGCCUCGAGCAAUAUGCGACUCUGAAGACGAGGAAGAAGUUCUGGUCGAAGAUGAUGAGCCCAGUCAAGAACAGUUCAGAAGCAGCAACUUCAGCUACAGCCAGACACUAGACCUCGCCAACCAGAUAUUGCAAAGCACGCAACCACUCGAGGAAGCCAACAACAACAGCAGCCUGUCCACAGGCGAGAUCAAAAGACGGAUUGCCGAUACCACCGGCUUCUUCAGCUCCACCGAAGAUUCGAAGAUGGCUGCACCGGCAUCCGCUGCUGAGCAGAAGCUGAGUAGACGGCAUACAAAUGCCAAUGCCUCUGCGGCGUCUCCGAUGCCUCCCAGAGGGCUCAAACGAACGCAAACGACCUAUGGCAAGGCCAAAAGCAAGAGCCAAGGCUUACCAAAUCCAGCAGCCGAAGCAGCGGCUUUCCAGGCUCUGAACAAUGAUGAGCGAGCAUCUCAGGAGUCGUUAGCCUAUCUACAAGACUCCGACACGCCUAGGACCACAAGUGGCCUCCCAGCUGGUUCUAUACUCCAGGACUUCCAGGAGCACAAUCCCAAUGCCCUUUUUCCAACGAAUCCCGAGAGCACGAUCGAGAAUAAUGCAUCCUCGCAGCAGCGCAUGCUAGAAAUGGUACACCAGCCGCGAACGAACGCGGGUCCGGGGGCUCAUAAGUCUUCAAAUGAGUCGCAAGAGCAGCAUUCAAGUUUCCCAUGGUCCGCGUCCGGGCGGCAAACACAGACGCCUAAAGUGGACCAGCGCAUCCCACCCCUGUCACACGACCCGACUGAUAAUGAGCUCAACGAGGGCGCGGCGGAGACAACAGAUGUGCUCCUACAUGGUCAGAUUGACACUGCUCCUGUAUCGGCAGUGGCCGCGAUUGAUGCGGCUGGUGAAAUGCACGGGGAGAUGAGGGAUGGCGUUGGAAAUGAGUCUCAGGCCUUUAACAUACCGUCGAUCUCUACAACGGAGCAAGCUUCAGACUCGAGACGGGAUCAAGUUGCAGUCGUUGUGACACAGCACAAGGCAAGCAAUUCGAAGCCCCCGCCAAAAUCAAGCCCGAUGGUCAUCAUCCCACAUCUAGAAUCUCCACGCGAAGAACAGAUGGCUAGUGUGCAGAAGCCAUCUCGAACUAGAAAGAGGAAUGUGGUGGGGUCGGAGCCAGAUCACGGCCAGCACCAACGCUCUGAGUCACCAAACUCUGACGAUUGUGACGUGGGACUGCCCAAAGAGCGGUAUGUGCCACGACUCAGUCGACGCAGAGCUACAGCUGUGGCAGAUCCAGUAGACUCUGCCUUGCCCAAGAAGGCAGCGAAGCAGCGCCGCGUGACGGAAGGGGCUCCUGUUGAUAGCGCAAUUCACGCUCCUCCGUCCUCUGAGAAAAAUGCCAAGCUGAAGUCAAAGGUGACAACAAGCACUGAAUCGUACAGUCCGAGGUACACUGCUAGCACCAGCCGAAGUGCUCGGAAAGAUGAGGAUGCAGAUCUCAAGGCAGCCAUCGCAGCUAGUCUACGCGACAUGGAACAGUCUUCGGUGAGCAAGCCGACAGUCAUUGAGGCUGAUGACCCGUCCUCUAAGCCGGCAGAUUGGAAGGAACCAGACAGGCCGAGUGGCGAGGAUGUAUCGCCACUUAGCUCCCCUAACACGUUGAGGAGUACGAUAACAGCGACUUCGUCUGCCGCGCCGAGGGACGAGGUACAGGACAUGGCAAGGCCUUCGCAGUCUGCGCCAAAAGCUAUACAGUUAUCUCCAGUGAAGAUGCUGCCACCCUCAUUACCCGCCUCUUCUACGCGACGCUCUCCUCGUCGAUGCCAUACAACUAUCUUCGAGGACCAUGCCUCUGGGCGAUCGCCGACAUUGAGCCAGCUGCAGGCGGGAAGAAUCGCGGCUGCUGAGCCUCUACCAAACCCAACUCUGUCGAACAAGCGAAAGCGUCGCACUAUCAUGCAGAAUGGUCUAGAUGACGAAGAUGAGCUCGCACAGGAAUCGGCUGCUCAUAAGCCCGACCCUAAGAAGCGUAGACGCCCUUCCAAGGCCGAGAAUGUGGGCAGUCUGAAGGCUGCUCAGGAGGUGCUCGACGAGUCCGAAGAUGACAUGCCUACCACGAAUGGGCGAAAGUCAAGGUCUAAUGCACCAAAACUGGCAGACUCGGAGCCCGAGAGACGCGAAGAUGCACAAGCGCCGCUCACGCAGCGGGGCAAGAGGCCUGGAACGUUAGAGAAGGUUCUUGAUGACGAUUCAGGGGACGAGCUUGAGCCACUUGAUUUAGACGAGGUGGUUGUCAAACCUGUUAGGAAGAGAGGCCGGCCACCUAAGGCGAAGGCUAAGGUGCAUUCUGAAUCCGAGGCCGAGCCUGAGCUGGACAAUGAUAAUGAUGAGGACUUCGAGGGUCAGACGAAGACGAGAAAAGCUCCUGGCAGGCCAGCGAAGGAAAACACCCAGGGCAGUGCAACACAGGAGCCUGUUUCCAAGAAUACCAAGACUGCUCUUGAGCCGAAGGAUGCCAAUGCAAACACUGCGCCAAACAAAGCUCCAACCCCUGUAAAAGUGCUUACGCCUGCGCCGUUGGUCGACGCAACCGCCACAGAGCCGGAAGCCAAGUGUACCACUCCUGCGCCAGAUGUGAAGCCCAAUUCCAACAGUCAUUCGCCAAUCAAAAAAAGUGCAAAGGGAAUACAUCGUGUGGGCUUGGGACGCAGACAGCGAGUGCAACCAUUGCUCAAGAUAAUCCGUCCUGACGCAAGGACUCGCAGGGAAGACGCAUCUCGUGUGACUACCAUUACCAGCGUUGCCGAGCUUGAGGCUAAGUGGAAUGAAGCGCCAGAGUGAUGGCUUGAGAACUCUUCGAUGUUUGUGUUUGCAAAGGAGCAGUGGUGCUGAAGGUGUGCGCAUCGCUCCAAUCUAUGGGCUACGGCCAGAGGUCAACUACCUUAUGAUUACGACGUAUGUAUGUGUACUUGUUCGACAGAGAUACC